AUGUUUUAUUUUGCUUUCUUUGUUUACGUAAUUCAUUCGUCGGGACGUUUCUUUUUAUCUUCAACUCUCGCCCGUCGCAGGAUCUUUCUUUGUUUAUCUAUCUAUCUAUCUAUCUAUCUAUCUAUCUAUCUAUCUAUCUUGGACUGUUCAUAUCUAUCUAUCUAUCUAUCUAUCUAUCUAUCUAUCUAUCUAUCUAUCUUAAUCUUUUCAUAUCAAUCUAUCUCUUUUAAUAUCUAUCUCAGUCUUUUCAUAUCUAUCUAUCUAUCUAUCUAUCUAUCUAUCUAUCUAUCUAUCUAUAUUAUCUUUUCAUAUCUAUCUCUCUAUCACAUUUUUUCAUUAUCUAUCUAUCUAUCUAUCUCAGUCUUUUCAUAUCUUUUUCUUUAUCUCAGUUUUUCAUAUCUAUCUAUCUAUCUAUCUAUCUAUAUUUUUAAUAUCUAUCACAGUCUUUUCAUAUCUAUCACAUUCUUUUCAUUAUCUAUCUAUCUAUCUAUCUAUCUGUCUUUUCAUAUCUUUUUCUUUAUCUCAGUUUUUCAUAUCUAUCUAUCUAUCACAGUCUUUUCAUUAUCUAUCUAUCUAUCUAUCUCCAUUUCUAAUUCAGUCCUUUAUAAUCAGAACCUCACUCAAUAA